AUGGCCUGGGAGUCUUACGCCAGAUUCCAGAAGAUUUCGGCGGAUGCCGAUGCAGAUGCAGCAAGUUCGGAUGAUGAUGUGGCGGACAACCCCCACACGGAGGAAGGAAUGAUGAGGGCUUUCGUGUGCUUACAUGAUCUUCGGUUGAAAACAGAUGCGAAGCUGAAGGAAUGUGGUCUUGCAGAUGCAAGUGUUGAUGCAGGACUUGAUCAUGAUGUAAACCUCCAGCAGGCAGGUGUUGCGUUGAAUGAGUAUGACACCAUUUGCCAUCGUGUUCUGGCUAUGGAUGGUGCCAACGACGAGACACAGCUUCAUUCUGUGGGUCAUGCUAUCGAAGUUUCGCAUUGCAGGAGUUCGGCGGCCAGAAUCGCAUACUUCUGCCAGUCAUACAGCCUGGCAAUGCAGCGUUCGUCCCAGGCCGUGCGUGCUUGCAGUGCGGCUCUCGAUUCCACCCACAAGCAACCCCUUGCGAUUUCGUUGCUUCAAAAAACGCUGGUAGAUGCCCUAAUUCUUCGCUCGAUGACGUCGCUGCAGCAGGGCAGUUUCAACAAAGCACGGCAAGACGCACUCCUGGCACACGCAAAGUCGAAAUAUGUACCAGGUAAAGCGGAGGAGACAUUGAGGCUUGCAGUCCGUUGCGAAAUGGCACUUAAGGCGGGUGGCCCUGGUGCCAACGGCGAAGGUUGUCCGCUAACACCAGAAGCUGCUUGCGCAUUGCAGUUGGGCAGUGCCAGCACGGGAGAGCCAUCCACAACCAAUGCCAUACUUUCCGUGCGGAUGCCCGAGACCGGCCUCAACGACAUGGAUUAA